AUGCAUAAAACGUAUCAGGAACCUGCCCAUAAUAACAAACUCUUCAUAAUUUUUGUCUUUGGUUUGGGCGGGUUUUCACUGAAUUGCACAUUUCUAUUCAGAACGUGAUAGGGUGAAAUUAAGACCAGUGUUUGCUCACUUGGCUGCGCUGAACCAUUGGAUAUGAGUCACCAAUUCUUAUUUAUUAAUGUUUGUGCAUUGUGACUGCAUAGCGCAUGAUAACAGCGAGAGUUUUUACGCUGAUCAACAAAGUUACCGGUACGUGCCUUUGAGUUUGGGCUAAUUACGAAUUACGCCAUUGUCCGGUAUAUAACUAAGGAUUAACAGCUGUCUGAUUUCGUUGUACUGAAUAAGGGCAAAUAAUUGUCGCUUUAAAUUCUUUCAAGUAAAAGUCAAAGUCAGAGUGAAGUUAUAUAAGAUGAAGCGGCUGUAUUCUAAAGGGUUUUUAGUGUUUUACACUCUCCUUGUGCUGUAUUCAAAAGAUUGUGAUAGUCAAUGUGAUGCCCAAGACUACAUAACAUGGGAACCUGUGAGAAAUGAAUCUGCUUACGACAGGGAUCCAUCAAGUCUCAAUCAACCUGAUGGUAGACCACUAGGUUUUCAGAGUGAUACCAUUGAUUACAUCAAUGAUGCAGGUGCUAAUGCUAGACGACCAUGUGUAACAAUCACUGGAUGUACCAACUCUCAGUAUUUAGAAAUUAUGGUUGAACCAGAGCAACAGUCCAGUAUUUGCACUCAGUCAGAUGUUGCCAAUAGUGAAGCAAUAUGUGGGGAUGGUCAAAUUACCAGUUGUGUUCCAUGUCCUAGUGAAGAGGUGACAUAUCAGUUUUUUUGUCGGGAGAGCUGUGACCAAUUUGCUGUCAGCUUCUGGUUUAGAUUUGUGAUUAGUGAUCCAGAUACACCAGAUCCAGAAGUAUGGUGUCGCGAUCGCAAUACUGAUGAGUUUCCGACCAGUCUGUACAAUAAUAAUCCUAUACCUGUGACUAGAGGUCAAACAACUCCAAAAUCUGGAAGGGGCACAUCACUAAGGGCAACCUUGACCCUGAUUCUAUGUGCCCUAAUAACAGUAACCAUCAUUGCCAAGCAAUAAGGAUCUCAGUGCUAGUUGUAUCAAAUUACUUGACUAUAUGUGAAGAAUUUUUUUUUGAAUUAUUUAUCUAUCAUUAUAUUGAACAGAGGUCAGUUAUAUUCUGCAGUACAUUCAUAUGUAUUUUUUUUUCUUUUGUUGUCUUCUAUUGUUUCAGAUACUGUUGAGGAGAAUAUCAUUUCAUGCUGGUCAUGUUAAAUCUCAUUUCACUAUCUAUAGAAAUGAAGUCACUUCCCCCCCCCCCCCCCAUCAUUCUGAUAUUAUCUUUGUGUGUCAAAGUGAAUGCUAACUUUCAAUUAUUACUCCCUUUCAGAAAAAUAAAUUUCUUUGCUUAAAGUAAUUAUGAACCGUACAUAACAUCUUUAAGUAGAAAAAUGGCGUUCCCUCUAGAAAUUAAGCAAUAUAAUGAAUUGUUGUUUAUAUACUUUUGUUGAAUAGAAUAUGUUCAAUUUAAUGAAAUGCAGUGAUUUAUUGAAUGUUUUUGUAUCAUGGUUUAUCAUAUUUCCUAUAAAACAAAAAGAAUAUUUAAUAUGAUCAAAAUAGUUACUUGCAAUUAUCCAUUUUUGUAUUUGUCUUUCUACUCUCUCAAAUUGCUAUCUCACUAAUAUGACAACAGAAAUUUAUUUAUAUGAUUGUGUAAUUUGUGUUCGUAUUUUUUCUAGCAAAUUCCAUUUUAAGUUAUGCAAUAUAUAGAAGGUGUUUCAUUGUUGGCUUUCAUUAUGUAUUGAUUGUUUUUAGAACCACUUUUCUCAUUUGUUAUUUUAUUUCAUACACUUCAUGAUCAAGGAAGAAUACUUUCAUUUGAUUGUUUAUGUUUUGUGGUUUAUGAUAUGAAUUCAUGGAAUGAAGUAUGUGAUUUUUCAUAUUCUGGUUAGUGUAGUUUUUUCUAGAUUUUUGUAAAUAGUGUUUGGUGAUGUAUUGAGAUUUUUUUUUGCAAAAAGGUAGUAUGGAUUGAAUUAUUAUAAUUAUUUUUUUCUGGGGGCGGGGUUAUCUUCAGGUAGUAGCAAGUAUAAAUUAUGUUAAUUAAUACAAACAAAAUGAAUUAUUCUGGUGCUUCUAUUUAGCCUAUGAAAUAGAUAUAGAAGAAAAAAAAUCAAACUAUCUAGUUGAGAAGAACAAUUUCAGUUAAUUAUUAUUGGUUGAAAGAGAUAAAAGGUUUUACUAUUUUGUCUUUCAACAUUAAUUAAGUUCCCUUUAAUUUUUUCACACAGGAGAAUGACCAUAAAAUGCAGUGCCGAGUCUAAAAAAAUAGAUCUAUAUAAUCACUAGCAUAAGGACCAAAAAAUUUUGAGUGGGGUCAGAUAUUGCAUCUAGGGCUAAAUUUUUUAAAGAGAUGCGAGCUAGCAAAGUUUUGACCUUUUUACAAAAAUCUAAUUUUGCUAUAUAUUUUUAGUACUUCUCAGAAAAUGAUAUUAUAAUUCACCCUUUUCCUUCUAUUUCUCUUUUUUCUUCUUGGUCUGGAAACCUUCCAUAUGUAUUACAUUGAACUGUAUAUAAUAUAAAAAUAUAUCACCCAUCAAUCAGGAAAAAUAAAGUCACUAAUAAUUAUGAAAAUAACCUCAAUGAACCUCAUGUGGCAUUCUAAUAUUCGAGGACAAUCAUUUGGGAACAUGAAAGAUGUAGAGGAUAAUAACAUUAAAAGUUAACUUGCAAGUUGCCUGUAGGUCUACAGUAUAUACUGUAUAUCAUAUUGAAAACCAGUAUUUGAUUACAGUUUAACAUGGAAACCCUUGCUCACAGUGAUUGGUGUAAAUGUAUAUUACAUUCUUUGGUUUAAAGAGUCUGUUCCUCAUCUUAUUAAUCAUAUUCAUAUGGUAUAUGAUAGUUACAAAGGCAGAUGUGUAUCAUUAACACAUAUGUCAAAUGUAUUAGCAAAACUAAUGCAUUUUCCUUACUUUCCUCAUUCAAAUUUGUGUAUUUAUCAAAGACACUUGGAUUUCAUCAAAUUUCAAAGGUCCAAGCUCAAUAAUAUUUUUGUUUCAUUAUGCCCUCAAGUUUACUUACUAAUGUUAGGUGCCCACAAACAUGACCUGCAUCAUGGUUGUAAUCUUACAUUAAUCAGACAAUUAUCCUGUGAUCAUAUCAGAUCGAGAGGUCAGCAAUGGCGGCCAUGGUGGGGAUGAUGAUUGUAGAAAUAACAACAAAUGAGUACCAUUUUUAGGACGAAAUUAUACUUUUGAGGCAUGAAUAUGUAGAAUAACUGUAUGCAAAACUUUUGAUGAAUUAUGUUAUUGGCAAAAUGUCAGUGUAAAGAAUAUUUUGUACAAAGGAAUAUUUCUAUUAACAUUUAUAUUGAAAAUAUACAAUAUAUUCUCUUA